AUGAGCGUGGUUAUGAGAGCGGCAGGAAUCUCCUUACUUCAUUAUCUUAAGAAAAAGACAAAUGUCUUUAAUAUUGAUGAUGAAAAUACCUCUUCUGCUGCUGAUGGUCCUGUUGUGACUGUCGGUGGUGAUGCUGCUAGUUCUGAUACUAUUGCUGUUGUUGCUGUUGUUGUUGUCCAGGUUACUGCUGAUGAUGCCGAUGAUGAUGUUGAUGAUGCUGACGAUAGCGACGUCAAUGAUGAUGGUAGAGACGACAAUAAUCAUCGUAAUGACGGUGAAUUUCAAGAUGACAACGAGACUCAUGAUGAUGACAAUGAUGAUGAUGACAAUGACUCGACCAGUCAACCUUACUCAAAAAAAAAAAACCCAGAAAAAGAAUCUAUUCAAAGCGUUGACACAAGUUAUUCGCACAGAACGGUAUUUGUUGCUGUUUUAAAUUCUAUUCAGUUUUCGACAAGAAUUACAACUGAAAAGGAAAUGUAUUGUCAGACGAAAAAAAAUACCACGGAAGGAAAACAAAUAAAGACAUUUCUAUAA